AUGCCUAAAGAAACCACGAAAUCUACCAGACGCCGGGCGGCGGAUAAGGCCGAGAAGGCCCCGAAGGCCAAAGGCAAGAAGGACCCGAAGGCCCCGAAGCGUGCGCUGUCUGCGUACAUGUUCUUCUCUCAAGACUGGCGUGAGCGCAUCAAGGCAGAGAACCCCGACGCAGGUUUCGGUGAAAUCGGCAAGCUCCUCGGCGCAAAGUGGAAGGAGCUCGAUGAGUCCGAGAAGAAGCCCUACAUCGAGCAAGCCGCAAGAGACAAGACAAGAGCUGAACAGGAGAAAACGGAAUAUGACGGCAAGAAGGUCGACAGCGGUAGCGGCGACGAUGACGACGAGUGA